AUGACAGACAGAGACGACCGCCGCCUCCAUCUCCCCCAAGAUUCCUACUGUUUCCCCACCACAAUCUUCCUCUCCCUCAACAUUUUCCUCAGAAACCCCAAAAUUUUCCUUUCAAUUUUUGCUCUCGCCACCCUCCCCGUCUCUCUCCUCCUCUUCCUCCUCGCCCUCUCCUCUUCCCCAAUCAAGUCCCAGAUCCUCCUCCUGGAGGCUGUGGCCCAGGUCGCCCCCACGCGCUUCGAGGCGCGCCACGUCUGGGACGAGUCACGCGCCGCCGCGCUCUCCCUCCUCGCCCGCAAGGCUCUCGUCUUCGCCCCCUGUUUCGCCCUCUCCCUCGCCGCCUUCGUCUCGGCCGCCACCUCCGUCGCCGCGGCCGCCGCCGGGCGCCGCCCUUCCCUCGCAGCGGCCGCGAGCGCCGUCCGCCUUUCCUGGAAGCGACCGGCGGCCACGGCGAUCUGCGCGUACGGGGUGGUGCUGGUGUACGGCCACGCACUACGCACGUUAGCCGUGCUGGCGCCCGCGGGCGUCUCGAGGAUGGCGGUCGCGGUCGUGGGGGCGGGCUUUGAGGUGUACUUGAUGGGCGUGCUGAGCCUGAGCUUGGUGGCUUCGGUUCUGGAGGAUCAGGUCGGAUGGGAUGCGAUUCGCGUCGGGUGGAACCUCAUGGGCGGGCGGAGAUUUUGCGGGUGGGCCAUAUCGGGUUGUCUUCUCACGGUUACGAGUUUCAUCGGGUGGGAGCUGGAGGGAAUGGACGGUCGAGAUAAGGUGUGGGGAUUAACGUCGACGGCUGCAAUGGAAGUGGUGAUGGAGUAUGGUGAUAAAUUAGGGCUUGCUUGUUUGUUUGGGCUGGUAGUGCUUUGGGGUUAUGUGGUGGUCACUGUUUUUUACGUUGGAUGCAAAAAAUCUAACGUGAAAGAGGAAAAUGGGACCGUAAUUUAG